AUGUGUCGACCGAUUCGGGCACUUACACAGGCUAAAGGCUAUGAUACAUCGGAUCAUGUGCUCGCGUGUUUUGGUGGCGCUGGUGGGCAACACGCUUGUGCAGUGGCAAGGACUUUAGGUAUCCGUGAAGUGUUCGUUCACAAAUAUUCGGGUGUUCUCUCUGCUUAUGGGAUCGCAUUAGCCGAUGUUGUGGCUGAGAUGCAAGAACCAGCACAAAAAACAUUCAAUAAAGAAAACUUUCCAUUCUUCGUCAAGCGUUUUACUCAUCUUGCCAAAGAAGCUAGUGAACAGUUGAAAGCUCAAGGAUUCGAGGACUCAUCAAUUGAAGCCGAAUUCUACCUUCACAUGCGAUAUUUCAAAACCGAUUGUGCUAUCAUGAUUUGUGCCCCGUUUAAACCGGGAAAUUCUCGUCCUGAAACAAUUGAAAAAUUCAUGGAAAUUUUUCGAUCCACUUACAAACGGGAAUUCGGUUUCAUUUUGGAGAAUCGAGAGGUGCAAGUCGAUGAUAUUAGAGUUCGCGGAAUCGGGAAGAGUGAAAUCAAGAUUCGAGAGAAGAUCGAGCACUGCGAUGAUCCGUUGAAUGCGCCGUCAAUCGGGCAAAAGGAUUGUUAUUUUGAGGAUGGCCCACAAAAGACUCAACUCUACGAUUUGAAGGGUCUACAAGGGGGACAUAUUGUAAAAGGACCCUCAAUAAUCAUCGACGCUAACAGUACAAUUGUUGUCGAGCCCGGCUGUACAGCAACGAUCAGUGAUGAGGGAAAUGUGCGAAUUGAAGUGGCAUCGAUGAGUGAGAGGGAUAAAAGUACACAGGUUGACCCAAUUCGUCUAUCGAUUUUCUCAAAUCGUUUCAUGUCAAUCGCUGAACAAAUGGGGCGAGUACUGCAGAGGACAUCGAUAUCAACGAAUAUAAAAGAACGUCUCGACUUUUCGUGCGCUCUUUUUGGGCCCGAUGGUGGGCUUAUCGCGAAUGCACCCCAUAUUCCGGUUCAUUUAGGCGGAAUGCAGUAUGCGGUGAAAUUUCAAAUCUCGAAUCUCGGUUCGGAUGGAAUCCAUGAAGGGGAUGUCAUUCUAUCGAAUCAUCCAAAAGCCGGUGGAAGUCAUUUACCGGAUUUAACUGUGAUCACGCCGGUUUUCCUUCCAGGAAAUCAAAACCCAGUGUUCUUUUUGGCGAACCGGGGUCAUCACGCGGAUAUUGGAGGUCUUGUGCCUGGGAGUAUGCCACCGAAUGCCACACAAUUAUUGCAGGAAGGUGCUACAUUUGUCUCUUUCAAAAUCGUGGAUCGUGGGAAUUUCCAAGAGGAGCAACUCAUUGAACUCUUGAAUGCACCAGGGAAAGUGAAAGGUUGUUCCGGUACUCGUCAAUUGAGUGACAACAUCUCCGAUUUGAAAGCUCAAAUUGCUGCCAACAAUAAGGGAAUCGAUUUGGUGAUCGCUUUAAUUAAAGAGUAUGGUUUGGAGGUCGUUCAAGCCUACAUGCAACACAUUCAAAACACGGCCGAGGAAAGUGUCCGCGAUUUGCUCAAAAAAGUGGGUCAAAGAGUCGAAGAAGAGACCGGUCGCUCAUCGCUGAGCGCCGAAGAUUGGAUGGAUGAUGGCACGAUUUUGAAGUUGACUGUUGAUAUUGAUUCACAAAAGGGAGAAGCUGUUUUUGAUUUCACGGGAACUGGCCCUGAGUGUCUUUGGUCAACGAAUGCACCGAAUGCGGUGACUCUGUCAGCGGUCACCUAUUGUCUUCGCUGUCUCGUCGCCAGGGAUAUCCCGUUGAAUAGCGGUUGUUUGACACCAGUGAAAAUCGUGAUCCCGCCGAAUUCCCUUCUCGAUCCAUCAGAGAACGCGCCAGUCGUCGCAGGGAAUGUUCUGACCUCACAACGAAUUUGUGAUCUCAUUUUUAAAGCCUUCACAGCAGUGGCGGCUAGUCAAGGUUGUAUGAACAAUGUGACUUUCGGCGAUAACGAGUUCGGUUACUACGAGACGAUAGCCGGUGGAGCCGGUGCGGGUGAUGGUUUUGAUGGUCGUAGCGGGGUUCACACUCACAUGACAAACACGAGGAUCACCGAUCCCGAGAUUCUAGAAACAAGAUACCCUGUGAUUCUUCGUCAAUUUUCGCUUCGUCCAAACUCGGGUGGUCACGGGAAAUGGAGAGGCGGUGACGGAGUGAUUCGUCGGCUUCAGUUCCGAAAGCAAUUACAAGUCUCUCUGUUAACUGAAAGAAGAACUUUCUCCCCAUAUGGUCUUUUCGGUGGUGAACCUGGGAAACGUGGCCAAAACCUUUUACAUCGGAAAAAUCGUAAGCUGAAUGUUGGCGCAAAAAUUACCAUGGAUGUGGAGCCUGGGGAUGAGCUCGAAAUUCUGACCCCAGGUGGUGGAGGCUAUGGAUCAAAGGAUGAA